GUCCCACGGAGAUGAAGCGAGCCACACACGGCGGGCCACCAGCUGACAGGCCUGGCCACGCCUCCCCGCUCCGCCGCCGCCCGCACAGCCGUGUUGAAGGCGUGUCUGCUGUGUUCCGCGUUGGUCAUCAUGUCCAUCACAGUUGACAUUCAAGUGAAGAGGUCCAGCAAAAUAUACCACCCCGGGGAGGUGGUGAGUGGUGUGGUGAUGGUGGACAGCCGCUCUGACACCAGACACGAUGGCAUCACCCUCACCAUAGAUGGGAUGGUGAACCUCCAGCUCUCACCCCGCAGUGCUGGCAUACUUGAGUCCAUCGUAAAUUCAUCAAAGCCAAUCCCCUUGAUCAAUCAGUCGAUUGAGAUUGCUAAGUCUGGAAAGUUGCCUGCAGGACAGACAGAAAUUCCAUUUGAGCUGCCGCUGACUUUACGGUCUUCCUCCAAAACUCUCUACGAAACGUAUCAUGGCAUCUACAUCACUGUGCACUACUGUCUACGCUGCGACCUCAAGCGCAGCCUCCUUGCCAAAGAUGUCAAUAGGUCACAAGAGUUCAUUGUGGAGUACAAGACUGGCACUGGAGGAAGGAACCUAUGGAAAAGAGUCAACUUUGAAAUCAGCCCAGAGACUCUGCAGAAU